AUGAAUACUACAGACGAUGAAGAAAUGAUGGUAGAUUUUGAGGAUUUCCAUACUCUCGCUGGAAUCCUCACAGCAGUGAUGUCUUCGAUGGGUAUGGUAUCGAACGCAUAUGUGUUUGUGAGUGUGGUCCGACCACGAAAAUCUCGAAGCUCGUUUUUGAUGAUUUGUGCUUCCAAGGCCUUGUUCAACUUCCUUACAUGCGUCAUUUUUCUCGCCUGGUGUGCUCCAACUGCAUUUUUGAGUUCUCAUUAUUCUUCUUCUUUUGUUGGAAUAGUUAUCGGUAACUUCUUCGGCGGCACCCUCUACCUUGGAGGCGUCCUUACUCAGGUGUUGGCUUCAGUGAAUCGUGUCAUCGCAUCUUUCUCUAUUCAUGCCUACAACAGAUUCUGCACACUCCGGAACACCACGGUAAUUAUUCGUCACUCUAAAGAGUUCAUGAGUUGGAUGCUUAUUAUCUUGUGCUGGAUUGGGACGUUCAGCUUGGCCGUUGCCUACGAUCUAAAUGGUAUCGGCUAUGUAUUCCACGAAGAUUACUUGGUUUGGGGUGGAGACGGUCAGCCACAAUCGGCCGACGCUUUUGCGUAUGUCGGAAUUAUGGUCUAUGCAUCUACAGCUACAAUGUUCACACUGAACGUGGUCACUUUUGCAAAACUGCUUGCCGUCACUAGAUCGAAUACCGUAUUGUCAAACACCGAAAGCACAAAGCGAAUGAAACGAAAUAAAGUACUCCUGGCUCAGAAAGUGUCUCAAGAUAGCCUGUACCUGAUCGACAUGCUUUUCGCACAAGUACUAGCUGGUUUGCUGCCGUAUAUUUGGUGGAGCUUCCUAUGUCUGACAUUCGUUUGGCUUUCCCUGAACGCUAUCGACGGGAUAGUGAUGAUCCUGUUCGUGAAGGAGCUCUCUGAACCACUACGUCAGCUGUUUCAACGAAUUCUAAUGAAAAUCCCUCUAUAUAAGAAACGUCAAGAUGAAAUGUUCCAACGGCGAAAGUCAAGAUUGGUGUCCGUG